AUGGGAGAUGGCUUGACAUCGAAAAUCUCGCUAUCUGUCUGGAUAUUAUGGCUAGUACUAACGUUUGGGCUCUCAAAUCGCGGGACAUCCGUCUGUGUACGUGACGAGGCAUGGUCGAAGGUUGAAGUUAUCCAAACCGUCACGGCCGCCUCCAGUCUUGCGCUUGGUGACAGCACGUAUAUGCGUUUGGCUGCAGAAAUAACACAUAUAGUGCAUAUCGCCUGGCCUAUGAAUUUUAAAUUGCUCUUGUCGUCAUUUGAUGCAUCGUUAAGGACUAGGCAGAAUUUAAUCCAACUACCGUCGCAAGCAUACCGCCUCAAUCCUACGAAGAGAGCGAGGUUCCUGUUUAUCUCAUCGAUCUCUACCGUAGCUAAUUAUCAUGCUGUUACGGGAGAGUCAUUUGUACCCGAGUCUCGAGUGGAUGAUCUAAAUUGGAGCUUAGACCUCGGGUAUGCCAAGGCGAAACUCGUAUGCGGAAAAGUUGUCGAACGUACGGCUACCAAUCACCCUGAGAUCGAAAUAGGGCUUGUAAGGGUCGGUCAACUCGUUGGCGCAAGGAGUGGUUUUUGGAACUCCGAUGAACGCUUCGUCACGCUUACUCUAUCAUGGCUUCCAGUAGAUAUCGCGGUAGAAGCCUUAUCGGAAAUUACCUUUAGUAGCAGUCCUCUGCAUCUGGUAUAUCAUCUAGAGAAUCCAGUACGGCGGGGAUGGCAAGAAGUUGUCAAGUUACUCACUAAAGAGCUCGGCAUUCCCAGAAACUCCAUUAUCCCACUUCGACGAUGGUUAGAUCUCAAUACAUCUACGCUGAAUAAAGCGAACCCUACCGCGGGACUUUCUGACUUCAUUGAGAAAGAGUUCCCAAAGAUGUUGUGUGGAAAGAUAAUUCUGGAUACUUCCUUCUCCCGGGCCGUAUCGCCCACCAUGAGGAGGGUAGGUGCCGUAGAUGAUGACAAGAGCUUACGUACAUACGUAUCAUAUUGGAGGCGCAUCGGGAUUCUAAAGUAA